CGAAUGCUGGCGUAAGUUAACUAAAAAUUGGCCGAAGCAAGCCUUGGGUUUCUCUUGCCCUCUUCUCAGCGACCUCCUGGCAACCGAUAACUGCCGAAAAGGGGCCCGCUUGGAAACCAGAAAACUGGAAACACUGUUCUGAACUCUCAAAUGUGAAGAGUGAGUCGACUUAGUCGAAUGAGUGAGUGAGAGUGACAGAGUGACACUGCUUUUAUUAACAAAAUUUGAAAAAUAAAUGCCAGUUAAUAGAUCAAGAAACCUAAAUAAACAAGUUUCUGGACCUCUUCGUACAAUAUCCAGCCAAGCUAGGCUAGGUCAAGAAAGGUUUCGUGGGCCAAGGCCAAGAUCUUCUCCUUGCCUUGCGAUGGCUUCACAAUUCUCUGGAGCUUUGCAACUUACUGAUUUAGAUGACUUCAUUACACCAUCUCAGGAAUGCAUAAAGCCAGUACAGAUUGAUAGAACGCCAGGAAAGGUUGGGAAAAUUCGUGUGGAGGACGAUGGCUCUUACACUGAAAUAUCUCAGAGCGGUGAAGAGGUGAAACUGAAAAAGGCGAAGAUUACUCUGAACGACUGCCUGGCCUGCAGCGGCUGUAUCACGUCUGCCGAGAGUGUGCUCAUCUCGCAGCAGAGUCAGGACGAGCUGUACCGAGUGCUGCACGAGAACGCCGCGCACGCAGAGACUGGAGACCCGAGCCAAGAGAAAGUGGUCGUUGUGUCGGUGUCCCCGCAAGCCAGGGCUUCCCUUGCGGCAAAGUUCAAGUUGUCUUCCGAAACAGCAGGAAAAAAACUAACAGCUUUUUUCAAACGGCUAGGGGUGCACUAUGUGUUUGACACCACAUUCGCACGCAACUUCAGUCUCAUCGAGAGCUGUCAUGAGUUCAUCAGACGAUAUCAAGCCUUGGAGACAGAUAAAAAAUCCCUGCCAAUGCUUGCCUCUGCAUGUCCAGGCUGGAUUUGCUACGCUGAGAAAACCCACGGAUCGUACAUCCUGCCAUACAUCAGCACCUCCAAGUCUCCGCAGCAAGUCAUGGGCUCCAUCGUGAAGGAUUACCUGGCACAGCGGCUUGGGAAAACGGCGGAUUCCGUCUACCACGUGACUGUGAUGCCCUGCUUUGACAAAAAGCUGGAGGCCUCGAGGGCUGACUUUUUCAGCGAGGUGUACCAGACGAGGGACGUAGACUGUGUUAUUACCUCUGGUGAAGUGGAAAAGAUGCUUGAGAAGGAAGGGUCUUCUUUAACAGAUGCGGAAGAGAUGGAUCUGGACUCUGUGUUCUUACACGGUACUCCCGAGCCUACGUACAGCCAUAGAGGCGGGGGCUCUGGGGGUUACCUGGAGCACAUAGCCAUCCACGCGGCCUCGGUGCUGCAUGGGCACAAGGUGGACGACCUGCAGUAUAAGGUGCUCAGGAACCAAGACUUCCAGGAAGUGACGGUGGAGGCAGAAGGGAAACCCCCUCUCAAGUUCGCCAUAGCGUACGGCUUCCGCAACAUCCAGAACAUCGUGCAGCGAAUCAAGCGGAACAAGUGCACGUACCACUUUGUGGAGAUCAUGGCCUGCCCAUCCGGGUGCAGCAACGGGGGCGGUCAGAUCCGGUCGGGCGGGGAGGGGGAGAGCCAGAAGGAGCGACUGCAGAGCGUGGAGGAGAUCUACAAGGGCGUGCCGGUCGUCGACCCCUUCCAGCAGCGGCAGGUGGAGGAGCUCUACGCGCAGUGGCUCGGGGGCCGAGACUCAGACAUGGCCAAGCGGCUGCUGCACACGCAGUACCAUGAGAUCGAGAAGUCGACGAGCGCCUUGACGAUUAAAUGGUGAUCGAGUUUUCCGACGGAGAGGGGGGAAAGUCAGUGGGUGCUAUGACGAGGAAUAGAUACAUUACAUUUUAUUGAUCUCUGUAAGGAAAUUGGGGUUUUCAAUGGCAAACAUACAUACAUACAUACAUACAUACAUACAUACAUACAUAAAUAUACAGUCACACCAGUACAGAAAAAUUUCCUCAGAAAACAUUCCAUUGCUGGUCGCCACCGUGCAGCGCCCUAUUUUUUGGGCUAGGGUUGUCGUGUCUUGCUCAGUUACACACCCCAGUGACCAUCAACCUAAACUCCGUGUCACCGACUCUUGCCUGACUGACAGUAGUUUUGAGUCUGAACUCACUACUCACUUAGCCACUGUGUUCUCUGAUGGAAGGAAGACAGAACAGUGAUCAUGUUCUCGAAUGGGGUGACACGUCGACACGUGCUGUGACGAUAAAACGGCCAUCAUUUCAUUCUUUGAUGGAGUGAAAAGUCGACGAGUGCUAAAUGGUGACGUAUGAAAGGAUUUUAGUGUUCCUGCUGUGUUUUUCCCCCACCCCCUCACCUCCUUUGCCCCCUCCUCUGGGCUCCUGACUCCUUCUGCAGCCUUUCUACUGCUAC